GAGCAUUUGCGGGUUAGAUAGGCGAGGGGGGUAGCGAAAUCGAGGUGAGGGAGGUACUUCGACAAACCAAUGACUUCGGUACAUUUCGGUUACGUUCGGUAAUAUUCGACGCGUGCAGUCGUGCAGAGAGCAGAUGGUUCCACAACUAUCAUGUAACCUGCGUCUCUCACGUGUAAAAUACGUAUCGAUUUCGCUAAAUACGUUAUUAUUUCUAACCAUUAUUAAAUAAUCAUGAGUUGUUGCAUUGUUGUUGGAUGCAAAAAUCGCAGCGUAAAAAAGAAUUACAAACAAGAAAUGGAAGAAGCUAAAAAUAAAAAGUUUUCGUUUCAUUUAUUGCCACAGAAUAUUGAAAGAAAAAUUAAGUGGCUUGAAGCCAUAAAUUUAAAAAAUUAUAUUCCCCGAAAAACAGCAGCUGUUUGUUCUGCUCAUUUUAGAGAAGACAAUUAUGAACAAAAUUACUCGAUUCGUAAAUUGAAAAAAGAUGCCGUUCCAUACUUGCUGGAAGAACAAUCAGAGAAUCAAGAAAGAAUACAAAAUCAAGAAACAAAACGUGUUAAAAAAAGCAUAGAACAUCAUACAGCUGAUUCUGCUUCUUCCGUAGCUAUAGCUGAAAUCGAGCCUUUGCCUUCUCAUACAGCUGGUUCUUCUUCUGCUACAACUGAAAUCGAGCCUUCGCCUUCUCAUACAGCUGGUUCUUCUUCCGCUACAACUGAAAUCGAGUUUUCGCCUUCUCAUAUAGCUGGUUCUUCUUCCGCUACAACUGAAAUCGAGUUUUUGCCUUCUCAUAUAGCUGGUUCUUCUUUCGCUACAGCUGAAAUCGAGUCUUCGCCUUCUCAUAUAGCUGACAUUAGCAACGAAAGAAAUGAAGACAGAACGGAAAUGAUGAUAUCUAGUACUAUAGUGCAGGACUGUUCGAGCAUAUCCAAUACAAUGAUAGAUCCUUCGACUCGGGCACCUAAUAUAAUGGUGGAUCGUUCAACUAGCGUCUCUCCUGAUAGAAUAGUCAACUCGCCAACAAAAACUCGAAUACGAGAGUUUUAUACACAUGAAACAAAGAUUUUAAAACGAAAAUUGGCUGCCAGUGAUUUUGAUAAGAAAAAAUUACAACACAAACUGAAGUCUUUGAAGAGUCUUUUAAAAGAAUUACGAACGAAAAAUCUUAUAACAGCAGAAGACAGUGAUAUAUUACAACAUUUGGAUGCAGAUAUGCAAGAAGUAAUUAAACGAGAUAUAAGAAAACAACAAAAAUUGCCCGUUCGUAGAAUAUAUAAAGCUAACUUACGACAAUUUGCUUUAUCGUUGCAUUAUUAUUCACCAAAAGCAUAUAAUUAUGUUUGUAAAAAAUUUCAUAAUAAUUUAACCAUACAUACAUUUAUAAGAAAUCUCUGUCUAUAAAAUACAAAAAAAGUAUCGUUUAUAGUUAAUAAGAAAAUAGUUAAUAAGAAACUUAUGUAUAAUACUACAUUUUAUAGUUAAUAAGAAACAUGUGUAUAAUACUACAUUUUAUGUAUUUAUAUUUUAUGCAUAACAAUAAUAAAUUUAUAUAUUUCUUGGA